AUGCAGCUUGCUUUUGGUUUUGCACUGUCUCUUUGGUUUGGUUUUGCUUUCGGAAAUGGAUUCUUCAGUGAAGAAACUAUUUCUGCUUUUAAUUUUGGUCUCGAAAAUGAAAUUUUCAAUGAGCAAGUAAUUUCUUCCUUUAGUGUUAUGGAUUAUGGAGCUACUGGAAAUGGCCAGAUAGAUGACUCUCAAGCAUUCAAUAAAGCUUGGAAGGAUAUUUGUAAUGCAAAUGCGGGCGGAGAAACUGUAACACUUGAAAUCCCGCGAGGGAAAACAUUCCUUCUAAACCCACUUGUUUUUCAGGGUCCAUGCAAGGCCAAAGCCAUUCGUAUUCAGCUUGGUGGAACCCUAAUUGCACCCCUAAGCACAUCAUGGGCAAAUGAAGGAGUGGAUACUUGGAUUCAAUUUUCAAAUGUUGACAACCUUUAUCUUGAUGGAGAUGGCAAAAUUGAUGGCAGGGGUUCUAUUUGGUGGCAAUCUUGCAUGAAAAAAUCAGUUUAUGGUAUUUUUUUUGAUUGCAAGCGUCGACCUGGUGCUUUACAUUUUAACAAUUGCAAUGGGCUUCAAUUAAAGGGACUCACUCAUUUGAACAGUCCAAGGGCUCAUAUAUCAAUAAAAAACUGCAAAGAUGUUAUUGUCUCUGAUCUUAAGAUUAGUGCACCAGAUGAAAGCCCAAACACAGAUGGAAUUGAUAUUUCCGAUUCUACCAGCGUUCAAAUUCUACAAUCCAUCAUUGCAACUGGUGAUGAUUGUGUUGCUAUCAACGCUGGUUCAUCUUUUAUCAAUAUCACUGGUGUUGUUUGUGGUCCAGGCCAUGGUAUCAGUAUUGGGAGCCUUGGAGAUGGUGGAGCUUAUGACACUGUUGAGCAAGUACACGUGAAAAAUUGUACUUUAAGGGACACUCAAAAUGGUGUGAGGAUCAAAACAUUUCAGGGUUGCUCUGGUUAUGCCAGAAAGAUCUCGUUUGAGAAAAUUGUACUUAGCAAUGCUAGAAACCCAAUUAUCAUAAACCAAUUCUAUCAGGAUAAGGGCAAAUUUUCGAAAGGAAUAAUGAAAGCAGGGGCCAUUGAAAUUAGUGAUGUUACAUACUCUGAUAUUCGAGGAACAUCGGCCAACGACCAAGCAAUCGAUCUGAGAUGCGACAAUGUGGUAGGUUGCAGGAACAUAGUAAUGCGUAAUAUCGACAUAACACCAGGCGUUGAUUGUCCUAAAACCUAUACCGUGUGCAAUAAUGCUCAUGGAACUGCCACUGAAACACAGCCUAGAGUUCCUUGCUUGUAUAGGUACGGAGACCGUACGGUGACGUGGCGCGGUGCAACACGUGAAGGCGUGGUCCCUGGUGGUGGCGUGGCUCGGCUCGGAGGCGUGGCUUUGGCGCGGAGGCGCUACAUACACGCAGGCGUAACACGCGCGAGGGGGAAGGCUGGCUCUGUUGUGGCGCUGGAGGCUGACCCUAGCUGCUAG